AUGGCGGUUUUCGGCCGCCUUGUUUGCCGGAGAGCUGCGUCACUUCACAGUUUCUGCACCAAAUCGACGGAGUCCGACCUCCACCGAGUCUCGUCAGCUCUCUCUUCUUCCCUUCGUGUGGGCAAUUCGAAGAAAGACAAGGACAGAAAUGUCCAGUGGGUUUUCCUGGGUUGCCCGGGGGUCGGCAAGGGCACCUACGCCGCCCGACUCUCGAGCCUCCUCGGCGUCCCGCACAUCGCCACCGGAGAUCUUGUGCGCCACGAGCUGGCGUCCAGUGGGCCCCUCUCUUCCAAGCUUGCAGAGAUUGUUAAUCAAGGGAAGCUAAUCUCGGAUGAGAUUAUCAUAGAUCUCCUUUCUAAGCGUCUUGAAGAUGCUCAGGCUAAAGGUGAAACGGGAUUUAUCCUCGAUGGCUUUCCUAGGACUGUGAGACAAGCGGAAAUUUUGGAGGGAGUUACAGAUAUUGACUUGGUAAUCAAUCUCAGACUUCGAGAAGAAGCUUUGAUCGCGAAAUGCCUCGGAAGAAGAACUUGUAGCGAGUGCGGAGGGAACUACAAUGUGGCCUGCAUUGACAUCGAGGGCAAAAAUGGAAAUCCGAGAAUGUACAUGCCUCCUCUUCUUCCACCUCCACAAUGUGAAUCGAAAUUAAUUACUCGGUCUGAUGACAAUGAAAAAGUUGUUAAAGAACGUCUGAGAGUCUACAAUGAAUUGAGCCGACCUGUUGAGGAAUUCUACCGCGAACGUGGAAAAUUGUUGGAGUUUGAUCUGCCUGGGGGAAUUACAGAAUCGUGGCAAAAGUUGCUUCACGCUUUAAAUCUUGAUGAUAAUGAUGACAAGAGAACAGCCACUGCCUGA